CGGCGCUUCAGCUUCAUCAUACGAAAGCCUGUCCAGUGUACAUGGAUUUGCUGACAUCGAAAAUAUGGUCCCAGUGCGUUCGAGUUGACUGCGCUUGAAUCUCUCCCAUGCAACUCAGUCGUUGAAGGAUUCUCGACGCAAUGCGGCUCUGUGAUGCGGCGGCCACACCAUACCUUCUCAAGGUCGCCGGCGUCCACGCCAAGCUCCUUUUAUCCACGACCUCAGACAUAUCGGGCGUAUUCACCCCCAUUCUUCUCUUCUCACGCCUGGAACCCCACAGACAUACACUCUCAGCUCGAUCUUUCGCAGGGCUAUUCGGGCCGCGUUCGUCACCCACCUUCCUUUCCUCCCCUCCUUUCUUGCCAUGUCGUUCGAGGAGAAACCAUUGGGGGAGAAGGCUAUCCCUCGCGAUGAUCUCGUCUCGGAAGUGGAUGAAACUCAGUACGCCGAGAUUCUCCGGCGUCAUGGCCGGCUGGACUUGGUACCCAUGCCGUCGGACUCGCCAGUAGACCCGCUCAACUGGCCCUCAUGGAAGAAGAACAUCUUGUUGUUCAUCGUCAGUUUCCAUGCCGCCCAAGGACCACUCGGUGCAGCAAUCAUCAUUCCGGCCUUCCAAGAGUUCGUAGAGGAUCUUGGGGUCACUCUUGUAGAAGCGCCUUACUCGGUAUCGAUCGAGAUUCUCUUCAUGGGCGUUUCACUCCUUGCAUGGGCACCACUUUCGGAGCGCAUAGGGCGUCGACCAGUCUACCUCAUCUCCGCUCUGCUCUCCGCCGUUUUCGCCUUAGGAGGUGCAUACACCAACUCGUGGGGUGCUCUUAUCACUACGCGUAUCUUCCAGUCCAUCUUCAUUGCCCCAGCUCUUAGCAUUGGAGCGUCAACGGUCGAUGAGUUGUUCUUUUCGUAUCAGAGGGGACAAAAGAUGGGCAUAUGGGUUCUUUUUGUAACUAUUGGGCCUAUCAUUGGGCCCUUGAUCUCCGGUUACCUCGUGCAAAACAAGGGAUGGCGCUCAGCUUUAUUCCUUCUGGCAGCCAUUCAUCUAGGCAUCUUCUUCGCUCACUUCAUCCUCGGGCCUGAAACCCUCUUCUUGGAUCGCACUGCGCCCGGCCAGCCAUACAACCAAGACGAGGUAGCGAAGCGCACGGACUGGCGCUCCUUCUAUACCCUCCGUGUUUUUUCGACCCGAAAGUAUCAGACGUCUGAGUUUUUCAGGCCCGUUAUUAUGAUUACCCGGCCGGUCGUGCUCCUCCCCACCCUAGCCUAUUCUAUCACGUACACGUACACCAACGUGCUUAUGACUAUAUUCGUACCCCAGCUGUUUGGCGCCGCUUUCGGUCUUACGCCCGGUCAGAUCGGAUUACAGUUCAUUGCAUUGCUAAUCGGUUCGCUUCUUGGCGAGCUGGUCGCUGGUCGGGGUAGCGACGCUUUCGUCAACUGGCGGGCCCGACGACGUGUGGCUGCUCGCGACCAAGUCAGCGAAGCAGAUACCAAUAUUGAGGGUCAAAAGGAAAGCGUGGUUGAACCCGUUUGGCACCCUGAAGACCGUCUUAUGCUGGCUCCUCCGGGGUUCAUCAUUGCCAUUGUAGGCUUCAUGAUUUGGGGUGUGCAGCUGCAAGACUCUACGGGCGGAAAGUGGAACGUUACUCCAGAUGUCGGGUCUGCGAUAGCGCUUUUCGGUCUCCAACUCAUCACCACGGUUUGCGUCACGUACUCUAUCGAGUCGUAUCGUUCCGAAACCUCGGACGUGUCGGUAUUCAUCUCGCUCGUGAGACAGCUCUAUGCAUUUGUCGCCCCAUUCUAUCUCUCCAUCGCAUAUACAAACUUGGGUGACAUAAGGGCUUCGGGACUAUUCUCCGGCAUCAUCGGUCUCGCUAUGUUCAUGACGCUUGCGUGUAGCAUAUGGGGACCCUAUUGGCGUUCACUCUCAUAGGUCUCCGUCCGCGAGACCAUCAAAAUACAAGAGAGCCCUCCUUGUACGAUAUCGCAGCUGUAUGCAGUUAAUGAGUCUUCGCGUAUUUGCG